AUGGCCCAAAUCCGUGGCACUGCGGGCUAUAACCUCGGCCACCAAAACCCGUUUGGCGGGCCCGGUAGCGCAAAUGCCACCAACGACCCAAGUCCACUGGAUGCUAUCCGCGAGCAGACAAGCAAGAUUGAGGACUGGCUAGAUACCUUGGCUGAUCCAGUGAAGCCGUACCUUCCCGCCGUCGGCCGAUUCUUGAUUGUAGUGACCUUCAUCGAAGACUCAUUGCGAAUCCUUACACAAUGGUCCGACCAGCUCCUCUACCUCCAUGAUUUCCGGAAGAUUCCAUGGGGCCUCACGCACCUGUUCCUGAUUAUCAACGUCAUUGCCAUGUCUGUUUGUUCGACUUUGGUUAUCACCCGCAAACGCACCGAGUUCGCCGUCGCCGGAUUGUUAGGCGUCGUCAUCACACAGGGUCUUGGAUACGGUCUUAUUUUCGACUUGAACUUCUUUCUCCGCAACUUGAGUGUAGUCGGCGGCCUGCUUAUGGUGCUGUCCGACUCGUGGGUGCGCAAGAAGUUCGUCCCGGCCGGUCUGCCCCAGCUUGAUGAGAAGGAUCGCAAGAUGUACGUCCAGUUCGCUGGCCGUGUGCUGUUGAUCUUCCUCUUCAUUGGAUUCGUUUUCUCCGGCGAAUGGACCUUCUGGCGCAUUUUGGUCAGCUUGUUCGGUUUCGUCGCUUGUGUCAUGGUCAUUGUUGGCUUCAAGGCUAAGUGGAGCGCCAUCAUUCUUGUGGUCCUGCUGAGUCUGUUCAACGUGUUUGUGAACAACUUCUGGACGCUCCAUGCCCACCACCCUCAAAAGGACUUCGCCAAGUACGACUUCUUCCAGAUCUUAUCCAUUGUUGGUGGUCUGGUCCUCCUGGUGAACAUGGGUCCCGGCCAAUUGAGCAUGGACGAGAAGAAGAAGGUUUACUAG